CCGGUCUGGGGAAAGGCAGCGCUCAGCGUCCCCUCCUGGUCCAGGCUGAACCUAGCCACCAUGGUAACCCGCCCCGCAGGCUUCUGGUCUCUCGCCAUCACCCUUUGCAUCCUGCUGGGAGAAGGUAUGGGCCGUCCUCCCCUUGAGUCCCACCUAGCCGCAACCAGCAGCAGGCACCCCAGGACAAAAAGAUGUUCCUGCAACAGCUGGCAGGACAAGGAGUGCAUUUACUUCUGUCACCUGGAUAUUAUCUGGGUCAACACCCCAGGACAAACUGCUCCCUAUGGCUUGGGAAGCCCGCCAAGGCGUCGCAAGAGAUCGCUGAACAGGUGUGAGUGCUCGCACUCCAAGGACAGCAUCUGUGCUACCUUCUGCCAGGCAAAGCCUUGGUAUCUUGGGAACCUCAAGCUCCCACCGAGCCGUGGCGUAUAGGUAAAGAGUCUCCACAGUGGCGACCUGAAGCAUCCACAAACCGAUCUUCUGAGAGCCUGAGGGGACUUUGCUGUCUCUAAUGCCCAGCUCCCUGGAUGGUAGCACUGCUCUCAGAGGAAUGUUCAACCAGCAGCCUUGCCUGGAAGAAAAAGAUCCGGAAUGGGUAAAAAUCCUGUUUCCUGGAAUAAUUUGGAGUCCUGGUGGAUGCCCCUGGCUCUUGCCAUGGGUGCCUGAAAGAGAAGAAGGAAAGACCAUGCAGGAAAAGCAUGGGCCAAAUGGAAAAGCAGGAGAAGUAGAAGAAACAGAGGAGGCAGCAAUCCUGCUGAAAGACUCAGCACUCCAGAGACUGCUGUAAAGGGAAAACAGGAUCUCCUUUUAUGUGGUCAUGGACACAUUGGGAAGGUGUGCUCUAGCCUGUUGGAUCAGGACGGGGUUUUUAGUCCUAUACCAGCUAGAUUCCACACUGUAUUCUGACCGUGGUCAGCACUGUCUCUGCAAUCCAUGCACUUAGGCAUAGAAAAAGCCAUGUUCAAUUCUGAACUUGGCAGCACCAAAACAAUCCUGUAUUGGAGGCCUGGUCUACUGUGUCUUGACCCAUGUUUGAACAGGGUCCAGCUCAGCUGCUUUUAAACUUGGUUUGGCUGGUCGUUGUAGACACCGACUGGUUGGAGCUGUUGCCUCCUUGGGCUUGUCAUCUUAGCACUUUUUCCUCUUUACUGCCCUGUCAAAGACAAUCCGAUGUGCAUUAAAUUGGAUUCCCAUUGUACUAUGGUGUAGCUAACCAGGCUCUGGCUUUCUCUUGCUAAGCCUUUUGCUUGAGGUCCCUUCUCCAUGAGUGUAGACCGAGAAUAGCCGGUUUCACUCUGAACCUGUGUUAAAGCCAAGUCCUGCACAUCCGGCUCUGCAGCAAGUGGGUGGGGAAACUUGGGCAGAGCUGCAUUUCCUUUAUUGUCUCCUCUAUUGCUGAUGGGAGUGUUGCAGGUCACAUUAGUUACAUGGGGAAGGGGGAAACUCGGAGCCAAACUACUAGUCCCAACAAGUGCGGAGGUGUGAAUGCUGUCUCAUGUCCUUAGACCUGUAAUUACCUGGGUAGAACAUUGUAACUUGGCCCUCCCAGCUUGGUGAUCUGCACAGAACACUCCAUUAAAGGAGAAGCUGGGGGCAGUGAAGAGAGGUAGUGGGGAAGUAGCAAUUGCUUGCUCCUUCACUUAGUGACGGUCUGAAAGGGACAAAUGGUGAUGACCUGCCAUGUGUGGCUCAUGGGAAAGGUAGAUCCCCUUAACUUGGAUACAGUGUAGAUUAGCCAGGGAGCAGAUGGCUGUCAAAGAUGUGAAAUGAAAGCCCAUUGAGAUGGGAGUGCAGUACCUCUCUACAUUUGGAAGAGCUGUCGUUGCCAGUCGAGCUUCGUUCAAGAGGGAUGGGCUUAGACAAAAACCAGGAUCAUGGCCACGUACAGUCCUGGAGUGUGUUAAUUCCACUGAACGCUGGGUGCACGCUCUGGAAGAUCCUCUUGCCAGACUGAUGAAAUGUCAAGGGGGUAGGGGGCGGUUGGGCUUGUAUCACAAAUGCUCUUCGAUUUCCCAGCGUACAACUUGUGUUACAGAGCCUGGCUGCAAAAUAUUCAUCCAGUUAGUGCAGAUACACCAACACUCCUGUAACUUCAACCCUGGCUGUUUUCUCAGUACUCCACAUGAGCACUUAAAAAGGCUGUUGGUGGACGGAACCAUCUCCUUGUUGUAGUCUAGUCCCAUUGGACAUACAAAACACUGCCUCUGUUUUGUUAUGAGAAAUAGAACAAUGAGACCAGCUAAUUCAUGUAUCAUAUGUAGAACAUUAGAGACAAAAAUCAUCUGGUGUCUAGAGCUGGAGAGAAAAAGCAUGUUGUUUGUUUUGUUUUCUUUCCCCUCCCUUCUGAAGGUUUAAAUCAUCCUUGACAGGAUUUGAUAAAUUCCUGGUUGAAAGGAAAACUUUGCACACUGUUUAAUGUUUUGAGUUGUGUAAUUUAAAAUCAAACUACUGGUCGAAAUUGUUCUGUGUGUCUCUCUUUGUGUAAUGUUCCUUCUUGGAAGGGAGUAAUUUAUAGCAUGCACCCGCUGUGUGCAGCAUCCCAACAUUUCAGUAUAUUUAUUUUAACCUAGUUGUAGACAGUAAUUUGCAAAUAUGUAAACUUUAAUUUGUAAUAAAUGAUGCAAAAGGCGACA